AUACAAUAAAAGAGAUAAUAAAAAUAAUAGUUAUAAUAAAUAAAUGAUCAGCUGUAAAUAAAUAAAAAAAAAAUUAAUCAUUUUAAUUAAAUUCAAUUUUAAUCAUUAUAAUUUAUUAUUUCUUUUCAAAAAAAAAAAAAUAAAAAAACAAAACAAAUACAAAUAAAAAAACCACACAUUAUAAUUGAAUAGUUGUCUAUUGUUGUUGUUAGUAAAAUAUUAAUAAUAACUUUCAAUUAAAUUAAAUUAAAUUAAAAUAUUCAUUAGCUUUAUAAUAUAAUAAUAUUUAAAAGAUAUAUUACAUUUGUUAAUAUUCUUAGUUUAGAAAUCCAUAUAAUUAUAUAGAAAAAAAAAAAAUUAUAAUAAUGGAUCAAUCCCCACCAAAACAACAGUUUUAUUUUGAAAGUCCAUUUAGACCUAUGGAUUCAUUAAACAAGAGUAGCACUUAUGACUUUACCUCACUAAAUAAUCAGUUAGAAAUGGAUAUUGAAGAUGAAGAUUCAUUAUUCAAUUCUCACAGAAAUAUAUUAUCAGAACCUCCAAGACCCACAGGUUUAUUGAUGAAAUUUAUUUUCUUAUUCCAUCCAAUGUUACUAUUUUUAUUUAUUUUACCAGGUGUUUUAACAUUUUGGAUUCUAUUUAUUGCAGGUGAAAGCUCUUUAAAGCCAUUCUUUUAUAUAGUAUUUCUUUUAGUUCCACUGGUUUUCCAAAUCGUUUUAUUAAUCUAUCAUUCAAACUCAUUUGUCUUUUUAAAUUAUGGCCUUCAAGCUUUAUCAAGAAAAUAUAAUAAUAGUGUAGCAGGUCAAUAUGGUCAGUUAUAUCAAUUGGUAGAUAUCCAAUCUGGUAAUGUUGUCACAAUGCUAGAUCAAAGAAUUGCCGACGAAAAAGCAAUGUAUUUAUAUAUUCCAGUAACUAAAGAAGUUUUUAAUAUGUCUUAUUAUGAAUCAACAUUAAGAAUCAAUGCCUUGGGACAUUGGCAAGUGGUUUUAACAUGGAAAGCUUUAUUAAGUUUCUUUGUCUUUGGUGUUAUGUUAUCAGAAUUCAUACUUUUAUUUGUUUUAAAGUCAUGGUUCCUUCAAUUAUUUUAAGAAAAAUAAAUAAUAUUAAAUUUCUUUUUUUUUUUUUAAAUAAAUAAUAAACUAAAACCAUAACAAAUAUAUAUAAAUCCAUUAAAUAAAAAAAUAAAAGAAAAAAAAAAAAGAAAAAAAGAUAAUCUCUUUUUAAAUUAUUAUUUGUUUAAU